AUGGCCGACGCGCUAGAACGCGACAUCAAGAAGGAAAAGGCCAACCAGACGCCCACGUCCGUGGCGCUGCGCGAGCCCGCGCUUCUGUUCAACUAUGUCGAGGACAAGACCAAGUCGCUAUACGACCAGCUCUCCGAGCACUUGAGCCAGCCGAGAUUCGACACCGUCAAGCUGGAGCUGCAGAGCGGGCUGGCCUCGCCGGACGCCAACACCAGCACGCUAGCGGCGCUGAAACUCCCCAGCGACUCCAGCUGCGCCAGCACCGGCUACCGGAAGAUGCCCGGGGACGCAGCCUAUCUAAUUGGCCACACCGAUGAUUAUCCGAUUUCCAAUUAG